ACUUCGUGGAGUGGAGCUUGCUGUUGGUGUGUGAAGAAACUGUAUCAUCACAUGUUUGAUCCUCACAGCUCAUUAUGGCCACACAGAAAUAUGAGAGCAUCAUCUCCAACAGUGAUCAGAAAUCUGAUGGACCUCCUGCUGUCUAUCAGCUGAGAGCAAAGAAACAGAAAUUUGGAUCUCUAACAAGAGUCACUGUUGGAGAAAAACAUCCAAACAAGCCAAACAGAACCAUCUUACUUGUGGGAGAAACAGGAGCCGGAAAAUCUACACUGAUCAACGCUCUGCUCAACUACACCAUGGGAGUGAAGUGGGAGGAUAGAGUCUGGUUUAAGGUUGUGGAGGAGGUGGAGAAAAGUAAGUCAGAAAGUCAGACAUCAGAUGUGAUCGUGUACGAGAUCUUUGGUUUUGAAGAUAAAACUCUGCCCUACUCUCUGACCAUUAUCGAUACUCCUGGAUAUGGAGACACCAGAGGGAUUGAACAUGAAGACAUCAUCAGUCAAAGAUUAUUGGACUUGUUUCAAUCAGAUGAUGGAGUUCAUGAAGUUCAUGCAGUGGGUUUGGUCAUGAAGGCGAGUGAUAAUCAACUGAGUGACCAAAUGAUGCACAUCUUUGAUUCACUGAUGUCUCUGUUCGGAAAAAACCUGGAGAAAAACAUUGUAGCUCUGGUCACACACUCAGAUGGAAGCAGACCUAAAAACCUUCUUCAAGCUCUUGAAGCUUCACAAAUUAAAUGUGCCAAAAAUGAGAAGAAUCAGCCAGUUUACUUUCUGUUUAAUAACUGCCAGCUUGAAGAUGAGGAAGAAGAAUUUCUGAAACCAAAUUUUGAAAAAUCAGUGAAAGGAAUGAGAGAGUUCACAGCCUUCCUGAAGGAAACUACACUUUUGAAGCCAGAGGCAACUCCUGAAGUGUUAAAGGAAAGUAUCAGACUGACAGCCUGCAUCCAAAACCUGCAUGAAAGAAUCAAAUUCACUGAAGUGAAACAAAAAGACAUGAAACAAAGUCAGGAAGCUCUGGAGAAACAUGACAACAUGAUGACUGAAGAGGUCACUCCAUUUGUUGUUGAAGUUUUUAAACAUAAAGAACCUAUCAGAGCAGAGACAUGUGGACUGGGUUUGAAAGCAGCUGUCAGCUGUACAGUCUGUGAGGAGAACUGUCACUAUCCUGGAUGCAAGGUGCCCUUAAAUCACUGUGAGGUCUUUCAAGACGGUCUCUGCACGUCAUGUACCAACAAGUGUCCUGGAUCAGUGCAUGUGAAAGGAAAGUGGAGAUAUGUGACCAGGAUAAGGAAAGGUCAGAAGAACGAACCACAAAUAAAAGAGAAGGAUGCUCAUUCACUUCGAAAGGAAAUGAUCCAACUGACGGCAGAGAAGGAAAAGUGGCUUAAUGAGUCCUACCAACAUGUUGUCAGACUGGAGCAGAUCGCUCUGAAAGCUGAUUCAGCAUCCACUAUUGUCCACUUGGACUUCCUGAUUGAGAAGAUGAAGCAGAAAGGAGACACAGAGAAGGUCCAGAAACUGGAGGAGAUGAGAAGGAGAGAAGAUGAAGGAACCGAAGAAACACAGCAGAUCAGUUUGAUCUCAUCACCACAUGAAGACAUUAUCUCACACAGUUUUCUCAUCAGUUCAGGACCUCCUGCUGUCUAUCUGCUGAGGCCAAAGAAAGUAAAGUUUGGAACUCUGACAAGAAUCACUGUUGGAGAAAGAAAUAAAUACAAGACAAACAGAACCAUCUUACUUGUGGGAGAAACAGGAGGGGGAAAAUCUACUCUGCUCAACGCUCUGCUCAACUACACCAUGGGAGUGAAGUGGGAGGAUAGAGUCUGGUUUAAGGUCGUGGAGGAGGUGGAGAAAAGUAAGUCAGAAAGUCAGACAUCAGAUGUGAUCGUGUACGAGAUCUUUGGUUUUGAAGAUAAAACUCUGCCCUACUCACUGACCAUUAUCGAUACUCCUGGAUAUGGAGACACCAGAGGAAUCAAACAUGAUGACAUCAUCAGUAAAAGAUUAUUGGACUUGUUUCAAUCAGAUGAUGGAGUCCAUGAAAUUGAUGCAGUGGGUUUGGUCAUGAAGGCGAGUGAUAAUCGACUGAGUGACCGACUGAUGUACAUCUUUGAUUCAGUGAUGUCUUUGUUUGGAAAAAACCUGGAGAAAAACAUUGUAGCUCUGAUCACACACUCAGAUGGAAGCAGACCUGAAAACCCUCUUCAAGCUCUUGAAGCUUCACAAAUUAAAUGUGCCAAAAAUAAGAAGAAUCAGCCAGUUUACUUCCUGUUUGAUAACUCACCGUAUGAAGACCGAACAGAAGAAAAUACGUCUUCAAAACAUUUAUGGGAAAUCACACAGGAAAACAUGGAUCAAUUGACAGACUUCUUGGGAAAAUCUAAUCCUCAAAAACUGAUGAAAACAGGUGAAGUGCUAAAUGAACGAAUCAGACUGAAAGCCUCCAUCAAAAACCUGGAAGGCAGAAUCAAGCUGGCUGAACUGAAACAGACAGAAAUCAGACAGAUGCAAGAAGCUCUGAAGAAACAUGAAGAAAAACAGAGAGAAGAAAAGAAAAAGCUUGAAGAAGCUAAAAAAAUGUAUGAAACUAUAAAGAGCCGAGGAGAACAGAAACGUGAAGAAGCUCUAAAAAUACAACAAACUAUAAAGGAACUUGAAGAAGUGAAGAAGAGGAAUGAGAGGUUCACUGUAGAAGUUGAUGAAGUCUACAAAGAGAAAGAACUCAUUGAUGGUGGGAUGUGGGGUUUUGUUUUUUAUGAAGCAGCUGUCUGCUGUACAGCCUGUGAGGAGAACUGUCACUAUCCUGGAUGCACAAUGGCGAGGAAACCUGCACACUGUGAGGUCAUGAAAAGCGGUCGCUGCACUGUUUGUACCAACAAGUGUCCUGCAUCAGAUCAUGUGAAAGAAAAGUGUAGAUAUGUGACCAAGACAAGGAGAGUAACAAAGACUGAUGAACAAAUGAAAAAGAAGUAUGAAAAGAAUGUGUCAGAACAUGAGAUGAAAGACAGAGAGUUAAAAACUUGUACAGGGGAAGUGGAUGAAACAAUGAAAACAGAGGCUGAUUUAUCACUGAAGAAACAAGAAAUACAGCAGAAAUAUGAAAAAUAUCAAAAAGACAAAGAGAAGGAGUGUACCCUGUUAGAAAAUCUUGAAAAGGAAAUAAACCAGCUGACAGCACAGAAGUCCCAGUUCCUGGAUGAAUCCUACCAGCAUGUUGUCAGACUGGAGCAGAUCGCUCUGAAAGCUGAUUCAGCAUCCACUGUUGUCCACUUGGACUUCCUGAUUGAGAAGAUGAAGCAGAAAGGAGACACAGAGAAGGUCCAGAAACUGGAGGAGAUGAGAAGCAGGGUGGAUGAAAAAACCAAAAAAGUAGCACAUUGGUACAAGUUUACUCAAACAGCAUCACCGAUCAAAUAAAUUGGGAGAUCCUUCCCUAGGUAUAAGUGAAACAUGUAAAGAAGCAUCAGGCAGCUGUGUAGAUGGCUUUUCCCCCUUGAUACUGCUGUAUGUGACAUAUUCAGAUGUACACCACGUGGUUUUUUGUUUUUGCUUACAGAUGGCAUGUUACUUUUUAGUGGUGCAACGGAUCACAGUUGAUCCGAAAUCCGAACCGAUCCCACUCAACGGUUCGGUACGCACGUUAUCCGAAGAUUUGAAAAAGAAAAAAAAGUAUGCGUAUGGUGCGCAUGGUCAGUCUGUCAAGCGGUAGUUAUGGUCAGCGCUAGUGGUCCAAGUAGCGGAGCAGAGUUUGCGGCAUUUAAGCAGCCCUUUGCUGCCCAGUCCGACCGGGCUAAAGCUAUUACUAAAGCUAACGGGGUGUUUAGCUGCAGACGGGAGGCCGUCGUCUGUUGUGCAAAA